AUGUCGUCGAGAAAUUUGAUGCCGCCGGUGCGGCCAAGACGUACCUCCUCUGUUGGAGCCAUUAAUCUUGGCGAUACGAAAGUUCCCGGAUUGUCAACUUUGAGGGAAAGCGAAGAAUCGAAAACAGCCGCUAAGGCUCGCAUGCGUGCCCUUUCUGAGUCCUCUAGGGGCGACGCUGAUUUGUUGCGCAAGUUUAUGCUGACUUACCGCGAAAUGAGCUACAGACACACAUGGCUCACUCCUUUAAUCAUCUUGGUCGUGGUAUAUGGUGCUUAUUUCACGUCGGGCAACCGGACUGAGUCCAAUCCUCUGCAUGCCCUUGUAGCCAUCUCAUAUCAGGUGGGUGACACAGACAUGUAUGGCAAGGGUAUCCGCGACCUGUACUUUGUGUUUUUUUACAUGAUUUUCUUCACCUUUUUACGCGAGUUCUUAAUGGAGGUCGCUUUGCGUCCGCUCGCACACUGCAUGGGUAUCACAAGCAAACACAAAGUCAAGCGUGUCAUGGAACAGACCUAUUCGAUUAUCUAUUACGGUAUCUCGGGGCCCUUCGGUUUGUUCAUCAUGUAUCAGACGGAUCUCUGGCUAUUUGCAACUGCACCAAUGUACGCAACAUACCCUGAUUUGACGAACCCAUUUCUGUACAAGGUGUUUUACCUUGCCCAGGCUGCUUUCUGGACUCAACAAGCAUGCGUUUUGGCUCUUUUACUCGAAAAACCCAGAAAGGAUUUCAAGGAGCUGAUUUUUCACCACAUCAUUACGUUGUCAUUGAUUUGGCUCUCUUAUGUUUUCCACUUCACAAAAAUGGGACUUGCCGUUUAUAUUACCAUGGAUGUGUCAGACUUUUUCCUCUCGCUAUCGAAGACGCUCAACUAUAUGGAUUCUUUUCUCACCCCUCCGUUUUUCAUGUUGUUCGUGGCAAGCUGGACGUAUUUGAGACAUUAUGUCAACAUCAAAAUUCUUUGGUCAGUUCUUACUGAGUUCCGCACUGUGGGGAACUACACUCUGGACUUUGCAACUCAACAAUACAAAUGUUGGAUCUCCUUGCCUAUUGUCUUUGUUCUGAUUUUCGCUCUUCAAAUGGUGAACUUGUAUUGGCUCUUCUUGAUCUUACGAAUCUUAUACCGUUUGCUAUUCAAGGGCAUUCAAAAGGAUGAGAGAAGCGAUAGUGAAUCGGACGAUGAGCCAGAAAACCCUCCAAAUGCAUCAAUUGAGUCUGAGAAGAAUUCUAAAAAGGACAACUAA